AUGAACAAAACACUACCGCAGUCAACUGUAUGCCAGGAGAUACUAUAAUACAGCUUCAGAAAUGCAAACAAAUAUUAUUUGGCAUAACGUAAAUCGAUAUUAUAUUAUAGUGGCGCUUUAAACGAAGGCACGUGAUGCACAGAGGUUUUAUGAGGAAGAAAAGUAACUCAGUAGCUAGUAUGCAAGUCUAAUGUAUACUGGUGCAUGAUUUGUACCUUAUAUUUCGUUUGAACUCACAGCGUUCACGUACAAAAGAGAUUGCACACACAGUAAAUCUUGGUGAACUUUUUUUAAUCUGGGUGUUUUUAAAUAGCAAGAAUUGCCAUGAAAGGACUUUACUGUAAACUGUCUGGAGACCAGGGGGAUGUGAAGUUUCUUUUACAGGAGACGAUUUUACCCACUAACAUUGGCGACCAUCAGGUCAAAGUUCAAGUAAAAAGCUGUGCACUAAGUCCGGUUGAGUUUAAGCUGUAUGAGGACCUGAAGCUUGGAAUGGAGCAAUACCCGGUUGGAAGGGAGAUUGCUGGGGUUGUUCUUCAAGUUGGCCCCAAAGUGACAUUUUUCCAGCCAGAUGAUGAGGUUGUUGGGAUUCUACCUCUGGAUGUUGAGCUGUCCGGCUUGUGUUCCAUCGUGCUUGUUGAUGAGUAUAAUUUAGUUCAGAAGCCUGAGAAAGUAAGCUGGUUUGAUGCAGUUGCGGCAAUCAAAGAUGGUCUCAGGGCCUACACAGCUCUACACACUCUGGCUCGGAUGGCUGCGGGUCAAACUCUACUAGUGCUGGAUGGGGCCAGUCCCUUUGGAGUUGUGGCCAUUCAGCUCGCUCACUAUCAUGGUGUAAAGGUCAUGGCUACAGCUUUGUCUCCGGAGGACCAAAAGUUUUUGGAAGAGCUACGACCAUGUGUGGGUGUUCAGGAAUCACUUUUAGCUCGAGUGAUCAAAGUGUGGGACUCAAAGGAGGACUUGGUGGAAUCAUGCCUUGAAGAGACUGGAGGACUUGGAUUGGACAUCAUCGUUGAUUCAGGAGUGAGACUGUAUGAGGAGGAGCUAGAAGCACUGAUGUAUCUCCCACAUAAACAUGACCUCAUUACCCUUCUUGCGGUUGGAGGUCACUGGGUAACCACAGAGCAGAACUUACAGCUGGACCCUCCGGACAGCCAUAUUCUUUUCCUGAAGGCAGCGUCUGUCUCCUUCCUAAAUGAGGAGGUGUGGGCAGCGUCCCGUGCCAAGCAAGGCAGAUAUCUCCAUAUCAUGAAAGAUGUGGUAGACAAGCUUUCCACCGGGACUUUCAGGCCGCUCUUGGAGGACCCUGUGCCUUUAUAUGAAGCCACCGUCUCUAUGGAGAUGGUUCAGAGAAAGCAAGUCAGAAAGAGGAUAGUCAUCAAGCUUUGAAGUGGACUCCAAAAAUAUGUUUUUCGUAAUUCUGUAAAUUUGAGUCAUUUUAAAUCUCACAAAUGUGUCAAUUUUUAAAUGUCAGCAUGUUGGUCUGUUUGCCCUCUCAAUACAUAUUUAAAACACAUUAAAAGCCUUCUUAAAAUAAAAAAAGCUCACUCAUUCCAACCUCAAUGACAUACUGUGGUAGUACAUGGCAAUAUAAAAAACAUGGAUGCAUCACAAAGCAAAGAAAAAUAUACAUUAUAUAACUUUUGCUAUAUAAUAAACAUCUGUAAAUUCUUAUUAGCAUUAGCACGCACUAAUGAAAACAUUUUGAGGAGCUUUGGCCUAGUUCUUGCAUUCUAUACAUGUGAUUUGUUUUUUCUAUUCUAGAGUUCCAAAUGGAUUAUUUACAGCAUCAUCUGAUCUGGAUUCUUUUGCCAAUUAAUAUUAGCAGAACUGGAUAGAAAAUGACAGAUAGUGCUGGCCUAGAAUCAGCAUCACUAUGCUCACAGGUAUGCAUCUGAAUAUCAGUAAUCUCCAACCAAAACCUCAGAAUGUAGCUCAUUCUGUCGUGAAAAGAAGAUUCAUUUUAGUUGGGACCGGUCUUUUGGUGCACUUUGUUCACAGUUCCCAAGAAGUAAAAGAAAAUAUGGCAAUUUUUUUACUGACUCAUUAAAACCCUUUAUACAGUGAAAGUUUUGUCGCCAAAAUGGAACAUAAAUGUACAAAUAGGCUCAGUCUUGGCUUGUGUUUAGAUCUUGGCAGUAACAGCACAAGG